GUGUGCCAGUGGAGGAGGGGUUAGCAGUGUACCAUUGGGGGAGGGGUUUGCAGUGUGCCAGUGGAGGAGGGGUUAGCAGUUUACCAGUUGGGGAGGGCUUAGCAGUGAGUGAGGGAGGAUAUACAGGUGCUCCCAGUAACAUCGCUUUGCAGCUAUCCCUGUAGGGGUAGCUGAUCCCUGAUAGUGAGACAGAAAUCCUGAGGUACUGCUGGUGACAUGCUGCCUGGACCAAUGCCUUCCUCUUCACCCGUGCUCUCCACCGUGGACAGAGCCGCUGAGGGCUAUAAUUUCUACAUCGGGCUUGCUCUUGCCAUCAGCUCCAGCAUUUUCAUCGGAAGCAGUUUUAUCCUGAAAAAGAAGGGACUGCUAUGCCUGGCCAGCAAGGGGGUGAUCAGAGCAGGUCAGGGUGGCCAUGCAUACCUGAAGGAAUGGCUGUGGUGGGCUGGACUCCUCACAAUGGGUUUGGGAGAAGCUGCUAAUUUUGCUGCCUAUGCCUUUGCUCCAGCAACUCUGGUCACUCCGUUGGGAGCCCUCAGUGUCCUCGUGAGUGCGAUUUUAUCCUCCUAUUUUUUAAACGAGCGCCUGAACCUUCAUGGAAAGAUGGGCUGCAUCCUGAGUAUUUUGGGUUCGACAGUGAUGGUAAUCCAUGCUCCACAAGAGGAAGAGGUUGGCACCUUGACUGAAAUGGUGGAAAAGCUCAAAGAUCCAGGUUUUAUUGUGUUUGCAGUGUGUGUUGUAAGCAGCUGCCUGAUCCUGAUCGUGCUUGUGGCCCCACGUUAUGGGCAGAAGAACGUUCUGGUCUACAUCCUUAUCUGCUCCGUCAUCGGCUCCCUCUCUGUCUCGUGUGUCAAGGGCCUGGGGAUUGCCAUCAAGGAGCUGUUUGUGGGUCACCGUGUGCUGGCACAGCCAGUGACCUGGAUCCUGUUGGCGUGUCUGAUAUUUUGUGUGAGCAUACAGAUCAAUUAUCUGAACAAAGCCCUGGAUAUCUUCAACACUUCCAUCAUAACACCCAUCUACUAUGUCUUCUUCACCACUGCUGUCAUGACCUGUUCAGCCAUCCUGUUCAAGGAGUGGUAUGACAUGGCCUUCGACAACAUCUUGGGCACCAUAAGCGGGUUUGUCAUCAUCGUCCUCGGGAUCUUCUUGCUGCACGCCUUCAAGAACAUCAGCUUCACCCCAGGUACCCUGCCCCCAUUUUUCAGGAAGGGUGAGCCUGGCAUAGUGUGGGGCGGGGCAGUGACGAGCCAGCAGUACCAAGCUCUGCCAGACCAGAGGACCGAAACCCUCAUCUGCCCAAGUGCAGAUGGGACUGUGCAUUGUUUCACCUGAGACCUUUGCUCAAAGGAAAUGGGGGCUGUCACGGUGGAGAUGCUGAGCUGUGCAAUGAGUUCAGAACACUUCACAUUGCUCCUCACAAAUACGGUUCAGCACUGAUCCAGAGCUCACUGCUUCCAGUUGAAGCCUGUCCACUUUAGGAGAUUCUCCUCUUCCUUUUGUCUUGGAGUGUAAUCCCUUUACAACCUGAGUCAAUGCUGCGUAAACUGAAUGGAUACUUGCCCACUUAACUUCAGCAUGCAAGUAUAUCAUUCUAUUUAGAAGUUACAGAACUCAGAGGAGUGUCCUGUUCCCCAGUACUGAUUGAGAAGAAAAUGUGGCCCUUCUCUCAAAAUAUUUGAAAGGGAGAGGAUGGGUGCAGACAGCUGGGAUACUCACCCGCCUAACCUCUGAAACACUGUAUUGCAGAUACAAAUUUAAUGGGGCAGGAAGCCAGUUUUAUUACUUUCGGUGCAGACUCGAUGGGCCGAGGGGCCUCUUCUGCACUGUGAGACCCUGUGAUUCUGUAUUGUACAAAAAGAAUUUAUUAAGUCAGUCAGCAAAGCACCAACAUAACAAUCUAUCCAGCUUUCCCCGACUGAGGACUCUACUUUGUAUAAUUUUAGUCAAUUUAGUGCAUAUAUUAAAGUCUUGGAAAAUAUGUGCCAAUACUAAGAGGGAUAAUGAGCACUGAGAAAUGACACUGCUGUUACUGUAAGGUUUUGAUGCCAAUACAUUUACAGUUUCAAUUGUUCCUGUCACAGACACCAGCUGUCAGUACUCACCCCAACAAAUCCUCCAGCUCAACACAACCUACAUUCGGUAUCAUCUGACAUGACACUGAGGAAACUCAGUACAACCGUUUCAGACAGGCUAUCACUGCAUAGUGUAUAGGGAGGUUUACUUUGUGUCUAAUCCCAUGCUAUACCUGUUCUGGGAGUGUUUGAUGAGGUCAGUGUAGAGGGAGCUUUUCUCUCUAUCUAAUCCCUUGCUGUACCUGCCUUGGGAGUGUUUGAUGGAGAAACGUGGAGGGAGCUUUACUCUAUCUAACCCCGUGCUGUACCUGUCCUGGGAGUGUUUGAAGGGAGCAGUGUAGAGGGAGAUUUAGAGGGAUCAAAAAAGCCACUCACCUGUGGUUAAGAAUUUCCUGGGAUGCUCACAAUCUUCAGAUUCCAGGCACUCAUAUUUAACUUGUUCUGGUUGUCACUCUUCUGUACUUCCCUGUUUUAACUUCAAACUGUUGAAAUAAUGUCUAAUACUAAAAUAUAUUUUUAUGAUAACUGUU